UGGAGUUAUCAGCUGGGACUGCUGCAGCCCUUCCUUUCCACUUUCCCUUUAUCAGUUUAGCACUGUCGUCUGUAAACCAAACUCCGUCAGGGCGAGACGGAUCAAAUGGCGCAGCGUCUCGGAUAGGAGAUGGUUGUGGAGGGACCAGCAAGCCUCCUCAGUGCCCUCUGGCACUGCCUCCCACCGCCCACAGAGAGAGCAGGGCCCCGCAGAUCCGCACUUGGGAAUCUGGGAGUCUCCUUCUCACUGACAUCUUGGGAGCUUCAUCUGCUGCUUCUCCGUGACAAUGAAGACUUGGAUCCUGCUCCUCACCGCAGGAAUUGCCUGCAGCAUGGCCUCUGACACUGCUGAGGAUACGGAGGAAACGGAGACGGGACCUCCCGACUCUGCCGGCUUGUACACUGAUGCCGACUCCUGCAAGGGGCGCUGUCACGAGCGAUACAACAGGGAGGAUGAGUGUCAUUGUAAUACCAAGUGUGAAAAACAUCGCAACUGCUGUGAAGACUACCACGUGCACUGCAGCAAGGAUGGGAGACUGAAGGACACUGCUUCCAGGCCUGCCCACUCCAGCGAGGAAUUCUCCAGCAGCCACUCCUCCAUCACCAAUGAGGAGCUCCUGAGCAUCUCCGAGCAGCUGUACAAGUCAGACGUCAACAGAGCCCGGAAGUCCGACAUCUCCAUCAACCCGCAGCACCUCUCCUCCUCCGCCGAGACCCGUGCCAAGGAGGAUCAUGCUCCUGAGCCACUCUACACGUACGUCAACGAGAAGCUCUUCUCCAAACCCACCUACGCCAGCUUCAUCAGGCUGCUGGACAAUUACCAGAGGAUGACGGGCCGGGGGGAGGCUGUCAGUGCCGAGGAGCGGAAGGAGCAGGAGAACUUCUUGAGGGAGGUCAUGAAAACCGAGCUCAUGAAAACGCUUUACAGUUUCCUGCACAAGAAAAAGCGCUACAGCACCCAGGAGGAGUUUGUCAGUGACCUGGACAAGAUGUGGUUUGGCCUUUAUUCCAGAGGCAACAGUGAGGGGGAUUCCAGCGGCUUUGAGCACGUCUUCUCAGGGGAAGUCAAAAAAGGAAAAGUGUCCGGAUUCCACAACUGGAUUCGUUUCUACCUUCUGGAGAAGCAGGGGCUGGUCGACUACUACGGCCAUAACUACGACGGGCCGUGGACCUCAUACCCCGACGUGCUGGGGAUGCAGUUCAGCUGGGAUGGCUAUGUGAAGGAGGUGGGCUCUGCCUUCAUUGGUUGCAGCCCUGAGUUCGAGUUUGGCCUCUACACACUGUGCUUCAUUGCUCGGCCAGGGAAGAUGUGCCGGCUGAGCCUGGGGGGCCAUCAGCUGGGCAUCCAGACCUACACCUGGACCAAAUCCACCUAUGGCAACGACAGGAAGUACAUAGCGACGGCCUACGUGACAUCAUCCUGAUGCUGCUCGGGAGCCCAGCUGUG